UAUACUUCUGACCUGCUGAUUGAACUCUUAACACUGGAAAGUCUCCCCCAAAGACACUACACUAGCCAUGCUUUUCAAGAGGAAAGUGUGCCUCGGUGCUGUGUUCUGUGGGAUCCUGUUUGUGAUGAUUGCUAGUCACACCAUUCAUAAAAACAACUUACUGCCAGUAACUGUGGUAACCACCCAUGCCACGUCCAGCUCCUUUACACAGAGCCAGAUACAGAGAGCAACCGUGGUUGGUCGGGGUCAUUCUUGCAGCUGUUCAUCAUGCGUGGCAGACAGAGGCAUCUCCGAUUGGUUUGACCGUCGUUACGACCAGAAACAGCAGCCCUACCUCACAGCUGGAGACAAUAAUAUGGAUCCACUUUCUUUAGGAUGGUGGCUGUCUUUGCAACGGUCAACAGAUGGGACAUUGAAAGAUGUCAUACAGAAGAUGUUUAAGGUCAUCUCCCCUCCACCGACAGAUGUGACUUCUCACCAAAGUCAGUGCCGAAGCUGCGCUGUGGUCGGAAACUCAGGAAAUCUGUUAGGAUCCCAACAUGGAAAGCUAAUAGAUUCUCACUCCGUCGUCAUUCGGAUGAAUAAAGCCAUUACUGUCGGAUUUGAAGCUGAUGUUGGAAACAGGACAACCCACCAUUUCAUGUACCCAGAGAGCGCUGUGGACCUGGCCCCAGGGGUGCACCUGGUUCUUGUGCCUUUUAAACUACGGGAUCUACAAUGGGUGGCUAGUGCGCUGUCCACAGGAGAGAUAACAAUGACUUACAUGAGAGUGAAACAGCGAAUAACAGCAGAUAAAGAUAAGGUCCUUGUGGUGAAUCCUGCGUUUUUUAAGUACGCCCAUGACCGGUGGACAGAGCGCCAUGGUCGAUAUCCUUCCACUGGGAUGCUAGCUAUUAUAUUUGCUCUGCACAUUUGUGAUGAGGUCUCAGUUUUUGGCUACGGGGCGGACCAGCAGGGAAACUGGCACCAUUACUGGGAGGACAACAAAUACAGUGGGGCUUUCCGCAAGACGGGCGUACACAAUGCCGACUUUGAGAAAGAAAUCAUCAACAAGUUGUAUGCAGAGGGCAAAAUCAAGCUGUACACAAGAUAA